GAUCAGAGUGGCACAAAAACAGAUGGACGACAACAUUGAGCCUAGAGAUAAGUCCAAAAUAACCAAAUAUACAAGGCAAAUAUAUACAUUUAUUGAUUAGCCCAAUAUAUUCAGGUCCUCUCUUCGUCUCAAAUGACGAGCAUAAACUUCCAAACGAACGAGCAUCGGUACUUUUAAAAUCUUAGUUUUAGUUUAUUUUUUUGUAAUUUUAUCUUAAUACUUCCCUAAAAAUCAUUUACCUAUUUUUCACGAGAAGUCUGUGGCACAAAGCAUCGGCAUGAACGACCAGAAUCGCUCAACCAUCGGAACAAAGCUGCCGACGGCUGUGGAGGGACGACCCUCCGUGACCGCGGCCCGGCCGGCGGUCAGCGGCGCCGCCCUCCGUCAGCAGCUCCAUGAGCGACUACAGACACCGUUCACCGUCACCGUGCUCCCGACCCGCACCCGGCGCCGGGGAGGGACCACCCCCUCCGUCAGCGUCCCACCGCCGUCCCACCGACCCGACCGGCUGGCCCAGCGACCCCCGGCCGGACUCAAACCGGGCAGACGACCGCGCACACGAGGCCGGUGUCGGAGACGGAGGGUAAACCAGACCAGCAGCAGGACUGGAUCACCAGCCAGAGCGGCUGCAGGCACCAACCGCAGCAGAAAGGGAUUUGAUGGAGCCGAUCGUCGGAAACCGCGAUCGCUGAUGUAUUCCAGGCACAUACAGGGCGUGAAUACCCGAGCGAGAGCGACCGUCAGAAAUGAUGUGCGAUUCAUACGUGAUCGGGUUAUUUCCCCGAGCCGGGGUACUUCUGGCGGCGAUAUAUCCGUGGAAUCCAGCACCAUCGAUACGGCGGCUGCCGCCGCUCGUGAUGUCGCCCAUUCAGCCGACGGCACGGGCAGAGCCGCCGCCAUUUCGGCCAACAAUGGCCGUAUCGGGACGCGGGCGGCGGCCAACAAUGCGGGCGCCGACUCGCGUCGGCAGCCGUCGCUCGUCGCCGCCGUCGCAGCGCCCAGUUGCCAGCCGCCAGUCGACUCGGCGAAAGGUCAGGAUGGCCAGUGGAGUAGGGCGCUGCCGGAGUCGGUGGCUGUCGGAGGUGUUCAGAUGGUGUGUGUCGGAACUCAGACAGAGGUGGAGGAUGCCUCCGGGAGGGACGGUCAGAUGUGCGCCGUCUGUCGGCAGAACCAGGAGCGGGAGGCGGUCUAAUGUCGUAGACGGGACGCGCUCCCUCCGGCGCCACCGCCGGGCUGACCCAUGAGUCACCCACCGGCCAGGGACUGCAGCCCGAUAACUGCGCCACUUUACGAGAUAGACAUGUGGACUCUAGAACCACAUGCAUCAGCACAUCUGACAUCCAGCCUUCGACUAAAGCAUGAUGACACACUGCGGUCAACGUUGGCCUAUAUUUCACGUGAUCAGCGCAGUUUGGCAAAUGAUGUGAUGGCUGGCGAAUGAUUUUGAAGGCCGCCACCGCAUCGCUGCCAUGAGUUGCAGUCUUCGUAGUCGACAUCAUCACCUCAGUUUGAAUGGAGAGCAGCCUACUUCCUAUGUGCAAAUAGACGGCUAAUGUUCAACAGAAAACCAUCGUUACAGCACUGUUCAAAUGUCAGACUGAAUUCCAACCGUUUCAGUUGACUGAAAAUUCCCCAGCACUCGGCCGUAAUUACAUUUCCCGCAGUUAUGAAGCUCGUUAGGAAGACCGAGCAUGCGCCGCUCGCAUAUUUCCUCCACUUGCCCGGUUCAAUCAGCUGGCAAUGAUCAGGUCGCAACGAACCGGACGCGGCUGCCGUUGGGCGGAAAUUGAGCAAAUGUAGGUGAAGUGUGAUCCAUUCAGAGAGUAAUGAAUGCAGGUGUUAGCUCAUGCCCGGUACGCUCCACUUCCUGGAUAGGCUGCAGGGGUGUUGACGUCACGGCAUGGUGCGAGUCGCGCAUCCGGUUGUCAAUAAAUUGGAAACAGACGGCAGA